UAGCUAGUUCCUUAGCUGAGCUGGAACCGUGUAGAUCAGUGCUCUGGGCGGCUUGUGGUGUCUGUGACAGGAAGAGGCUCCGGUGAUGAAUGUGACCUCCAGCCUACAGCUAUGGCGGAGUUGAUUACGGAUCAAGAGGAGGAGAAGCGAGAUGGGACACACUCUACAUUAGAGAAAGCGCACUGCACUUCCACCACUGCCAAGAAUCUCGCCAUCCUCAAGGAGCGUUCCUUUGACAUUAAUUUUGAAGUUGGAGAUGAAUAUGAUAUUAUUGAGACAAUUGGGACUGGAGCAUAUGGGGUGGUGUCAUCUGCUCAGAGAAAAGAUACCGGUCAAAAGGUCGCCAUUAAGAAAAUCCCAAACGCCUUUGAUGUGGUGACAAACGCAAAGCGCACCCUGCGGGAGCUAAAGAUUCUCAAGCACUUCAACCAUGACAACAUCAUCGCUAUUAAAGACAUCCUAAAGCCGGUUAUAUCCUACUCUGACUUUAAAUCUGUGUAUGUGGUUCUUGAUCUCAUGGAGAGUGAUCUACAUCAGAUCAUUCACUCUUCACAACCUCUCACACUAGAACAUGCCCGAUACUUCCUCUACCAGCUGCUGCGUGGGUUGAAGUACAUUCAUUCGGCAAAUGUCCUCCACCGCGACCUGAAACCCAGCAACCUCCUCAUCAAUGAGAACUGUGAGCUGAAGAUUGGGGACUUUGGGAUGGCUAGGGGACUUUGUACCAAACCUGAUGAGUACAAGUAUUUUAUGACUGAAUAUGUAGCCACUCGCUGGUAUCGAGCCCCAGAGCUCAUGCUGUCUCUCCACGAGUAUACACAGGCUAUUGACAUGUGGUCUGUGGGAUGUAUUUUCGCAGAAAUGUUAGGGCGAAAGCAACUCUUCCCAGGCAAGAAUUACAUCCACCAGCUACAACUUAUCAUGACUGUUCUGGGUACACCUUCCACCCAGGUAAUCAGAGCGAUUGGGGCAGAGAGAGUGCGAGCGUACAUCCAGAGUCUUCCCUCACGCCAAUCUGUGCCCUGGACCAGCUUGUACCCACAGGCUGACCGAAAAGCCCUGGACCUGUUGUCCAAAAUGUUGAGAUUUGACCCACGGGAACGGAUUUCGGUGCGAGAGGCUCUUCGUCAUCCUUUCCUGUCCAAGUAUCAUGAUCCUGAUGAUGAACCAGAGUGUGUCCCAGCCUUUGAUUUUGAUUUUGACAAGAAGAUUUUGACCAAAGAGCAGAUUAAAGAGGCAAUAGUUUCUGAAAUAGACAACUUCCAUCGCAGGCGAGAGGGAAUCAGACGUCAAAUCAGCUUUAAGCCUGCACUAACGCCAGCUAUUGAGGGAUCUGUUGGUGAUGUUGUUCGGGAGAGUGACUUUCAUUCGCCUCCUCUCCCCCCUCCAACACAAUUAGAUGUGGACAUGCCAAGUGCCAACUCAGCCAGGGAAAGGGUGGACUUUCUGAUGGAGUCUCCCAUAGCUCCACAGAAAACGGAGACCAUUGAUCUGACCUCUCCUGUAGAUAGUGCCGAGACAGAGGCACAUGGGGAAUACGAAAAGACUAAAGAGGAUGUCCCAGUGGUGAAAGCAGACCCCGAACCUGUGCCAAAAAAGGAAGGAGCCAUCUCAAAUGAUACCAAAGCAGCGCUAAUUGCCGCCAUUAUACGGUCAUCCCAGCGAAACAGGAGCAAAGAUGCCCCCAGCUCCAUAACAGAGUCUCCAGAAACACGGAAGGCCAUAACUGCUCAGGAUCGUCAGCGAGAGCGGGAGGAGAAGCGAAAAAGGCGCCUAGAACGUGCUAGAGAGAGGGAGAAGAAGCAGAAAGAGAGAGAGCGUCGGGAUGUGAAGAAGACAGAGGGUUUUGGGGGAUUGGUGCUGAGCGAGAAUGAUAAAAACUUGUUGGAGAGGUGGAAUCGAAUGAUCGACCAGACUCAGCACAAUCCCCCUGUGCCCACCAACCAGAAAACAACUUUGUCAAACCACAUUCCUCAGCCGGCACAGGCUCCUGACCUCUGCCAAAGGACUCAACCUAUGUCACAACCAGUUUUUAAUGUGCCCAACAUGACUCCUAUAGCAGAAGUUAGAAGUCAGCAGAAUGGAACCAUUACUGCCCCAACAGUAACAACCAACAUCCAACUCAUGCCAAGGUGCCUAAACCCUUGCCAAGUGCCCGCUCUGCUCCAAUACGUCCCACCCACCACUGGAGCUUUUCAGAUUGCACCUGUGGUGUUGGCUCCUCCUAAGCCAGAGCCUCUACCAGUAACUGCGCAGCUUCCUUCUGAUGUCAAGUUCAUUAACAGAGGUCAAGUGCAUCCAAACCAGUUUUCCACCUCUUCAGGACUUAACCCGACCUGGUCUAGUUGUGGACAACAGGAGAGCUGGCCAGGUGCAGGGGAUGGCAAGCGAGAGGCACUAAGUGUGGAUCCAUCUCUGUUCCUGCGUAAUCCCACCAGUCUAGAGCAACCACAGGGAGUGCUGACGUAUACCAGCGGGGUAAACUGCCGGGGUCAGGAAGACGCCAAACCAUGUGAUCUUACACCACUCCCACCCACAACCUUCAGUACUGCUGACACUUCCAGCACCAUCUCUCCAGAUAUCAAUUUGGUGACACAGCAGCUCUCAAAAUCCCAGGUGGAGGACCUUCUGCCGCCCGUCUUCUCUGUCACCCCUAAAGGAAGUGGUGCUGGGUAUGGAGUGGGAUUUGAUCUGGAGGAGUUUCUCAACCAGUCUUUUGAGAUGGCGUCAGAUAAUCGCGAAAGCUUGGUAGACUCUGCUCCUCUGUCGGCCUCACUGUUAGCGGAUUGGCUGGAAGUUCACAACAUGAACCCUGCAGAUUUGGCGUCGCUACAAGACGACCUUCAGCUGGGGUCUCCAAUGAUCAUUUCCGACUUGCCGGACCUCCAUGAUACAUGAAGACAAGCCUGAGAGUGAGCACUGCCUGUGAGAUCAUAAGACAGACAGGGCUUGGCUUGCUAAGCUGCGUUACAGACUCACAGGUGGUCCCAGAACUCCCCCAGAAGAUAAGGCCUCACCUCUAUUACCGCAGCUAUGCAAGGGCAGAAAGACAGUGUUAUAGAAGCCUGAAAUUACAUGGCUACCGGGCUACCGGGAUCUGAAUGCUUUUCUAUAAGGCUUCGAGUGCAACAGUAGAUGGGGUUUUUUCUGUUGUCACCUUCCACUUCUGCAUCUGUCAUUGCAUCAUGACCAUCAGUACAGAGGAAAUAACAGGGACAUUGCACAUACAGCAUCCUGCAUGAAUCACCUACACUACUCACAUGUAUUGCCACACGCACUGUUCACGUGUUCUGUAUCCUGCACUGCUCACACGUACUGUACACUGUAUCUUGCACUGCUCACAUAACCUGUACCACUGUAUCCUGCACUGCUCACACGUACUGUACACUGUAUCUUGCACUGCUCACAUAACCUGUACCACUGUAUCCUGCACUGCUCACACGUACUGUACACUGUAUCUUGCACUGCUCACAUAACCUGUACCACUGUAUCUUGCACUGCUCACACGUACUGUACACUGUAUCUUGCACUGCUCACAUAACCUGUACCACUGUAUCCUGCACUGCUCACACGUACUGUACACUGUAUCUUGCACUGCUCACAUAACCUGUACCACUGUAUCCUGCACUGCUCACACGUACUGUACACUGUAUCUUGCACUGCUCACAUAACCUGUACCACUGUAUCCUGCACUGCUCACAUAACCUGUACCACUGUAUCUUGCACUGCUCACACGUACUGUACACUGUAUCUUGCACUGCUCACAUAACCUGUACCACUGUAUCCUGCACUGCUCACAUAACCUGUACCACUGUAUCCUGCACUGCUCACACGUACUGUACACUGUAUCUUGCACUGCUCACAUAACCUGUACCACUGUAUCCUGCACACAUCUACCGCCACACUCACUGUAUCCUGCACUGCUUACGUGUUCUGUAUGCUGUAUCCUGCACUGCUUACUUGUUCUGUAUGCUGUAUCCUGCACUGCUCACAUGUACACUAUAUUCUUCACACAUCUACUGCCACAUUCACUGUAUCCUGCACUGCUCACGUGUUCUGUACGCUGUAUCCUGCACUGCUCACAUGUACACUAUAUUCUUCACACAUCUACUGCCACAUUCACUGUAUCCUGCACUGCUCACGUGUUCUGUACGCUGUAUCCUGCACUGCUCACAUGUACACUAUAUUCUGCACACAUCUACUGCCACACUCGCUGUAUCCUGCACUGCUCACGUGUUCUGUACGCUGUAUCCUGCACUGCUCACAUGUACACUAUAUUCUGCACACAUCUACUGCCACACUCGCUGUAUCCUGCACUGCUCACGUGUUCUGUACACUGUAUCCUUCACACAUCUACUGUCACACUCGCUGUAUCCUGCACUGUAUGCUGUAUCCUUCACACAUCUACUACCACUUUCACUGUAUCCUGCACUGCUCCCACGUACUGUAUCCUGCACUGCUCACACGUACUGUACACUGUAUCCUGCACUGCUCACACGUACUGUACACUGUAUCCUGCACUGCUCACAUGUUCUGUACCUCUGUAUCCUGCACACAUCUUCUGCCACACUCACUGUAUCCUGCACUGCUCACAUGUUCUGUAUCACUGUAUCCUGCACAGAUCUACCGCCACACUCACUGUAUCCUGCACUGCUCACAUGUACACUGUAUUCUGCACACAUCUACUGCCACACUCACUGUAUCCUGCACUGCUCAUUUGUCCUAUACACUGUAUCCUGCACUGCUCAUUUGUCCUAUACGCUGUAUCCUGCACUGCUCAUUUGUCCUAUACACUGUAUCCUGCACACAUCUACUGCCACACUCACUGUAUUCUGUACUGUACACUGUAUUCUGCCCGGCUCACGUUUUCUGUAUCCUGCACUGCUCACGUGUUCUGUACCACUGUAUCCUGCACACAUCUACUGCCACACUCAAUGUAUCCUGCACUGCUCACGUGUUCUGUACCACUGUAUCCUGCACACAUCUACUGCCACACUCAAUGUAUCCUGCACUGCUCACGUGUCCUAUACGCUGUAUCCUGCGCUGCUCAUGAGUUCUGUAUCCGGCACACUUCUACUGCCCCACUGUAUUCUACUCUGCUCACAUGUUUAUGCUGUAUCAUGCACUGCUCAUGUAUUGUACCACUAUAUCCUGCACUGCUCAUGUGUCCUAUACACUGUAUCCUGCACACUUCUACUGCCCCACUGUAUUCUACUCUGCUCACAUGUUUAUGCUGUAUCAUGCACUGCUCACAUAUCCUUCACAAAUCUAUUGCCACACUGUAUCCUCUACUGUACCGCUGUAUCAUGCACUGCUCACGUGUCCUGUACGCUGUAUCAUGCACUGCUCACAUAUCCUGCACAAAUUUAUUGCCACACUGUAUCCUCUACUGUACCGCUGUAUCAUGCACUGCUCACGUGUCCUGUACGCUGUAUCAUGCACUACUUUGCGCAUCACUGAUAACACAUGCAGACCUGCACAGCUUCCCAUGCUGAUCAUGUGUCUUGAGCUAUACAUGUCAUAUGCUGCACUGAUCACAUACUCAGCACAUACAGCAUCCUGCAGUGAUUACAUUAAACCAAUCACAAAUUCAACCUUGCAUACGUCACAGAUUGCACAUCCUGUGCUGGUCUCGUACCCUCCUCUGGGCGAAGCAUCCUACUCUGAUCAUGUGCCCUCGUCUGCGCACACACAGAUUCCAGUGCUGAUCAUGUGCCCUCUUCCAUCUACAAACAAAGCAUCCUGCAGUGAACACGUGCUUUACACUACCUCCUGCGCCAAUCAGUCGUCUGCGCACACAGUAUCCUCGCAUGCUUUCCGCUGCACACAGUUUCCCAUAGUGAUCACAUUACUGUACACAUCACUCCCUGUCAAAAUAUUAUAGACCCGAAGGUGGAUCCUGUAAGGCUCAGAUCGUCUUACACUCUUUGCAAUUUCCAAUGUACUGUAAUUUUACAAUUGCUUUUAAUAAAAUUCUAUUUAUUUAA